AUGCGUUUUCGAAGUCAACUGACUAAUAUUGUCAUAUUCACCAAGUUGACAGCUUCCCUCUCAUCCCUGGGGAAAGUCUGCUGGAUGCGCCUGGAAGAUGGCAUCGUCCGCUUCACCAUCAUCCCCGACCAAGGCACGCAAGUGUGGGCCCAGUUACCAGUCGACGCCAUCUUCGACGAACCAACCUACACCCUCCAAUCCAACUCGGGAGUCAUCAACCUCGAAGUCCCGAUCGGCGCGCUCCAUCGCGCCCUCCGCUCCGCAACAGGCGCCACCUCCGCCCAACUCCGCCUCACAGAGAAAGGCAACAUCCCUCUCCUCGCGCUAACCGUCCUCUCCUCCUCCUGGACAACAGGCUCAAACGCACUCGGAAUCACCAACGCCCGCACUGAGAUCGGUCCCCCGGGAGCAACAGCAGCAGCAGCUCCUGGCGUGACCGGGCCCCGCGAACGCGAAACGGUAAUCACGCAAGAAAUCCCCGUCAAGGUUCUGCACGAGACCGCCGUCGAGGGCCUGCACGAGCCGCGCUGCCGGGAUCCAGACGUGCACAUCAUCCUCCCGGGCCUAGCGCACCUGAAAAGCAUCUCCGAGCGCUUCUCGAAGCUAGCGGGGGACGGGAGACCCGCGGCCAGCGGCGGGAUUGUCUCCUCGACGCUGACGGCGCCCAAGCUGGAGUUAUCGGCGAAUAUGCAUGGGUCGCUGAAGCUGGCGAUUGCGACCGAUGCGCUGCGCAUCUCGAGCGUGUGGAGCGAUCUCGUGAACCCGCCGCUGGACCCGGCGCAGAUGUCGCAGAGUGAGAUCGAGCAGUUGCCCAGUGAGAGGAUGCGGGCCUUGGGGAGUGAUGAUGAGGCAGGGUGGGCUAAGGUGCGGAUCGAUGCCCGGGAUUGGAGUCGGGUGUUGAGUAUUGGGCGGCUGAGCCCGAAGGUGGUUGCUUGUUUUAUCCACGAGACGGCCCUGAUUCUGUAUGUUUACUUACCAGGAAGUUGGAAUGGGGAGGAUUCCUGCUUGACAGAAGUUGUGCGGCGCAACUGUGCGCAGACGUAUAUGCAAACAUGCAAGAAGGAAAAAUCUUGCAAAGCGCCGCCAAAAGAGGCCGCUAUUCUUCAAGCCGAACCCGGCAUGCAAGCUUCUAAGCAAACUCAUCAUCAAUGGUUCUAUGACCGGACCGAGUAUAUGCAUUUCACAUUGUGCAAGAAGUGA